GGGGGCGGCGCCCGCGAGAACCAGGGGGCGGCGGCGGCUGCUGGACCCGGGCUUCUGCUCGCGCGGCUCCCCCAAGGCCAAGUUCCCGGCUCGCCCGGCUCGAAGUGGGGAAAAGAGACUGAGGGCUGGGAGGGCGGCCCAGUCGCCUCACGAGUUCUGUGGGGAUUGCUUCUUGCCUGCUUUGAGAAAACAUGAAGUCACAAUAUCUUGUGCCUACUGUAGCCAUACUGAUGUUCCUAACAUGGAUCCCUCUCUCACUGAGUUGUAACAAAGCUCUCUGUGCUAGUGAUGUGAGCAAAUGCCUUAUUCAGGAACUUUGUCAGUGUCGACCUGGUGAAGGAAAUUGCUCAUGUUGUAAGGAAUGUAUGCUUUGUCUGGGCACUCUUUGGGAUGAAUGCUGUGAUUGUGUUGGAAUGUGCAAUCCUCGAAAUUACAGCGAUACACCUCCUACUUCAAAGAGCACUGUAGAAGAGCUUCAUGAACCAAUUCCCUCUCUCUUCAGAGCUCUAACAGAAGGAGGCACCCAGCUGAACUGGAACAUUGUUUCAUUCCCAGUUGCCGAAGAACUUUCCCAUCAUGAGAAUCUGGUUUCAUUUUUAGAAACUGUUAACCAACCACACCACCAGAAUGUGUCUGUUCCUAGCAACAAUGUCCAUACACCAUAUUCUAAUGACAAAGAACACAUGUGUACUGUGGUAUAUUUUGAUGACUGUAUGUCAAUACAUCAGUGUAAGAUCUCUUGUGAAUCCAUGGGAGCAUCUAAAUAUCGCUGGUUCCAUAAUGCCUGCUGUGAAUGUAUUGGACCAGAAUGCAUUGAUUAUGGCAGCAAAACUGUCAAAUGUAUGAACUGCAUGUUUUGAAGAAGGAAAAGGAGUCCUAUCAUUGUAAAAUACAGACCAAAGUCAUCUUCAUUAAAGAGAAAGAUGGAAAGAACCAGUUGGUGAAGUAUAUGUUUUUCAUCACAAUGCAAGUAAUUUGGGAAGAAGAUAUAAAGAAUUUAAAUAUCUGUCACUUUAAAUCAACUUUGAGUAAUAAUUGAUUUUCCUAUCAUGGGUAAGUUUCUUUUUAAUUUUAGGAAAUCAUUGAGCAUGAUAAUCCAUCUUGAUUGACUUGUUAAUUGUCAAUGGAUUUUUACCUUAAAAUGUAUCUAAAAUCUUGAUCAUUUAUGUAAAAAAUAAAAUUGAAGAAUUCACUGGGAUGGACAAUUUAUAUUCAUGUCAAAGAGAUGGAUGCCAGUCUCUUCCAAUAUCCCUUAACUUUUUGUUUUAAAAAUGUUAGCAAACAGAUCUUAGUGUAAGUUCAGUUUACUUUGACCAUUAAUAUCCAUGGUUAAAAUUUCCCUUUUAAAACAUUAGAAUUACAUCAUUCUCAGAAGGCUGUCUAUAUUUAUGUGCAUUAUAAAUCUUAUCUAUAUUUAUGUGCAUUAUAAAUCUUAUCCCUUCUCUUUAUUUUUCAUAAAUUUACAUUUGUCUGAAUGCAUAAAAACCAAACUGAUAAAUGUUUUACUAUAUAAAGAUAAAAUGAAGUAAGAAUAUUACUGAGAGUAUACUGAAGAGUAAUAAAAGCAUUUCAAUAAACACUUAAUUGAAACAAAAUUGUAUGUGACUUGUGAGGCUAGUCUAUAUAAGAAUUAUAGGACCAGGAAGGAGGGUGUGUCAGGAGCUAAUGCCAGGCUAGGAGAUAAUAUAAUUUGAGCUUAAUUGGGACAACAAAAUAAGAAUUUGAGUCAAGGAAAAGGAGAAUGGAAUAUGCAUUUAUAUAAUGCCUACCACAUGCUGGGCACUGCAUGCUUUACAAAUAUGAAUCUCAUUUGAUCCUUACAACAACUAGAGGAAACAGUUGAGGAAACUGAAGCAAACAAACGAUUUUUCCAAGGUUUCCCAGGUAGUAAGAGUCUUAAGGCCAGAUCUGAACUGGGAAUGGAGUUUGGGGAAUGAGUAAGUUGUUGAAGAUAGAAACAAAACCACCACAGAUGUGGCUCCAUUUGAAUGUGAGUAGAAUCAGAGUGAUGGAGAGAAUAAGACUUAAGAUUUUUUUUUUAAUUGUAUGAAAAGGAAUUUGAACUUGAGCAUGUUUGAGAAAAAAAGGUUGAGGAAUAUGAUACAGGAAAAUUGAAAUCUGGUUAUUUAAGAAAAUUUUGUUGCACCAGAAUCUUGUAUUUAACUGUUUUCUGAUUCUAGCUUAUAUUGUUGCUGAAUAAGCAUUGUUAACUAUGGGGUGAGAAACUUGAUUAACUGUUAGAAUGAAUAGUUACUAGUCAGGUAUUUUACCACAUCAUAUUUUAUCACAUUACUGUAACUUUGAGAUUUUAUGACUGGCUUAUUUCCAAAGAAUUUAUAAACUCCAAGUACAGUAUGGAAUUGUUUUUUUUUUCCCCUUGGUGCUCUUUAUGUGAUAUUCUGAGGAAAAACCAGAAUAUUGUUUACAUAAUAUGUGUCUGCCCAUACUUAAAGAAAAUUUAAACCUUCAAAAUAAAUCAUGUAAAUAAUUCAUAAUGCAAACAAUACUCUUUUCAAAAUGCUUGAUCAGAAGUAGAAAAUUCCCUUAUUACAACUAAAAUGUAAUUUUAUUUAUUUAACAUUUAGAUUUUCAGGAAUGCGUCUCUUCUGUACAUCUUUUCAUAUAGAGAUUCAUCUUAAAUUUUGCAAUAGUCAUUUGCUUGAAUUUAAGUUGUCUGAGUUUGUAUACUUAUUUCUGAUCAAAUAUCAGAAAAUUAAAAGCCUUGAUAUCUAAAAUAGUGUUUUCUAUUGACACUAAGUGCAUCAUCCAUCCGAGUGGAGUAUGAAAUAAGCAGUGAUUUAAAAUUACUUACCCUUUUAUAUUUUAUAGAAAGAGUGUAUAUUUAGGGCAUGAACUUUUAUUUUUUAAGUAGCAAAACUUUUCCUCUUCAUUUUGUAUUCAUCAUUUUAUCUUGAGCUUAGUGUUACAACAAAAGAAGCCUGUAAUUGUGACCUAAAUAUAAUUAAGAGUAAAACAUGAUAGGAAUCAAAAUCUUUAAAGAAAGGAAUAAAUGAAUUAAAUAGUUUUUCACCAUGCGCAACUAUUUUUUGCAGCCUGAGGCUCUAUUUUUACUGUAGAUAAGAAAAAUUUAAGGAAAUUUGUGGUCAUUUGCUUCAUUUCAGCUUCUUUCAUUUUUAGAAUAAAUAUGUCAUAUGGAGAGAUUCCUUUUUGUUUUGUUGACUAUAUGUUUAAUGUUGCCAUCUACAUUAAUUUCAUUUAGCACAUUUGUAUGUUCUUUGGCAUUCCUCAUUUUAAAAAUACUUGAUAAGGCAUGUUCAUGCAAAAAUAACUUUAAAAAAAAUUUUCAUUCUUUCUUGAUUUAUUCCAUAUUGCUCUCUCAAUCCCCUACAUUGUGAUGGUGAUUUCUUAUAUCAUAAAUCAAUUUAAAUUGAUGGAAUUUUCCUUUUUCCUAUGUUUGCCCAUUAAUAGCCAUUCCUUGAAUUGUUCCUUUAUGUGAUGAAAAUUUUUUUUAACUUUAUUUUGGUGGGUAGAAUAAAUAUAAGUAUGUAUCUCUCUGCUGUCUAUCUCAUGGUUUAUUUUCUGAUUUGGGGUAAUAGAUAGUUUAAAUUUGACUUUAAAAUAUAUGUUAGAAAUAACAUAAAGCCUGUAAUUAAUCCUAAAACUACUGCUUAGCUCUUCUGACACAAACACUGUUAUAGUCUUGAGCACCAAACUCUUGUAUAUUGAAGAAGUUUUGAUAGAUUACUGUUUCCAGGGGGGUUUUGUUUGUUUGUUUGUUUUUAUAUUUUAAAAAGGUUUUGUUAUUUGCUGCUUGUUUAUAAUAGCUAAAUGAUCUAGAAAUAACAGCUAUAGAUUUAAGUGAGUUUUAUUGAAAUGAGGGGAUUUUGUACUAGCAAACAUUUCUUUUUGGGCACUUUUUCUCUUUGCUUGAUUCAAGCACUCUACUUUUUAUUGAAACUAUAAUCUUCAUUUGAGGAGCCAAAAGAAUCCUAACAUAUGUUUAUAAAUCAUGUCAUGGAUUAAAGAUAAAAUUAUUUAGAUUUAUGAUUUCUAAAGUUUAAGGAACUAAAAUGGUUGUUCUGUUAGGAUCAUAACUUAUUUAAUGGCUUUUUAAGAGCACAGCUAAUAUCAAUGAGAAGAGGCAAAAGAGAGGAAAGAAGUCCUAAACUAAUAAAAUUGAUUAUGAAAAAGUUCUUGCUUUAAAGGAGUUUAAUUCAUUCUGUUCUCCCAACUGCAUGUUACAUAUUCUUGCCAUCUAUUAGCAACAUAAAAUGUAUGUAUUUUACUUUAUUUAUCCCUGUAAACAAAUGUAUUUUAAUUAAAAUAUUGGAAUAUGUUGGAGUUAGGGUUUUUGUUAAUCCUAACAUUGCACACCAAACAAAACCCUUUUUUGUGACAUCUCUAAUAGAUUUUCUUCAUCUUUUGGUAAAUUCUUCAAUAAACUCAGUUUAUUUGGAUAUUAA